UACUUUACAGCAGUGUGGCGCGCUCGCUUUUACGGCAGUGCUGUGGCUUCGCUUUUACGGCAGCGCGGCAGCCCCGCGAUGGCGUCUCUGUUCAGCGGGGCGCUGCAGCUCACGGAUUUGGACGAUUACAUCGGGCCCUCGCAGGAAUGUAUCAAACCUGUAAAAGUGGAAAAAAAGCCUGGAAAAGCAGCAGCUAAGAUCAAGAUUGAAGCAGAUGGCAGCUAUUUUCAAAUCGAUCAGGAUGGAGGAGCGCAAAAACUGGAAAAGGCUAAAAUUACUCUCAACGACUGUUUAGCCUGUAGUGGCUGCAUCACAUCGGCAGAGAGUGUUUUAAUCACUCAACAGAGCCAUGAAGAGCUCUGCAAAAUGCUGACUUUUAACAAGACUGCCGCUCCCAAUGAACAGAAAUUGGUGGUUGUUUCUGUUUCACCACAAUCCAGAGCUUCCCUGGCUGCGAGAUGUAAAAUGGAUGUUCUGGAAACGGCAAAGAAGUUGACUGCCUUCUUCAAGAGUUUAGGUGUGCACUAUGUUUUUGAUACGACUUUUUCGAGGAACUUCAGCCUGUUGGAGAGCCAACGGGAAUUUGUAAAACGCUUUCAAAAGCAAUCUGAAGACAAAAAGGCUUUGCCCAUGCUGGCUUCUGCCUGCCCAGGUUGGAUCUGCUAUGCAGAGAAAACCCACGGCAGUUUCAUCAUUCCCUACAUCAGUACCGCCAAGUCCCCGCAGCAGGUCAUGGGCUCCUUGGUCAAGGGCUAUUUUGCUGAACAGCAGCACCUAACACCCAACCAGAUCUACCACGUAACGGUAAUGCCCUGUUACGACAAAAAACUAGAGGCUUCAAGGCCAGACUUCUUCAACGAAGAGUUCCAGACUCGUGAAGUGGACUGUGUAAUCACCACAGGAGAAGUGCUGAAGCUGUUGGAACAAGAAGGGGUAUCUCUAUCUGAUGUAGAUCCUGCUCCUUUGGAUACCAUGUUUAGUGGUGCUGCAGAAGAGCUCACCAGCCACUCAGGAGGGGGCUCUGGAGGCUACUUGGAGCACAUAUACAAGUACGCAGCCAAGGAACUCUUUGGAAUUCAAGUGGAUACAAUUCAGUACAAGCCUUUAAAAAACAAGGACUUCCAGGAGGUGACCCUGGAGAAGGAUGGGGCAGUCCUGCUCCAGUUUGCUUUGGCAUAUGGGUUUCGAAACAUACAGAACUUGGUGCAAAGGCUGAAACGAGGGAAAUCGCCCUAUCACUAUGUUGAAGUCAUGGCCUGCCCAUCAGGCUGUUUAAACGGAGGUGGUCAGAUCAAACCAGAGGGUGAAUCCAGCAAGGAGCAGCUGCAGCAAGUUGAGAGGCUGUACGAGUCUCCGAGGGCUGAAAUUCCGGAGAAGAACCAGACUGUGACUGAACUGUAUGAGCAGUGGCUGGGCGGCUUGGGGUCGGAAAAAGCUGCGAAGGCUUUGCAUACUGAGUACCAUGCCGUGGAGAAAACAAAUGCUGGAUUUAACAUCAAAUGGUGAAGAGUGAUGCGGGGAAGCCCCAGUACAGAUACUCAGUGCCUUUUUAACUCAAUUAUAUUUAAGAUUCUCAAAAAACAGCUAAAGUUCUGUGCCAUCACUGGAAGUUGACAAUUUGUGACUCUCGGGAGGGAUGAGAAGGUAAUGUGCAUGUAGGCAGGCAAGAUGAAUUCCUAGAACUUCAUAAUUAUUCAAGUAAAUAAAAACUAAAUGCUGACUCAAAACAUACGUCAAAAGAAGCAGUAACGCACCCUGGCCUCCACACAGUCUUUGAGGACUAAGCCUGCACUCCCUUUACUACUCUAUUCCUACCAGAACCGACAACUUCAAGGUACUGAAGGAUCUGCCUUGCAGCAGACAGGAGCUUUCUGCUACAGGACAGCAUUACUCAUCCAGGCCUUGCUGUAUUUUCACAGCACUCACUUUUGCAUCUGUCUCUAUCAGGACAUCCUCAUUUAGUUAUAACCUGUCUCUUUAGACCUUGGGUUCUGUUUUUCUGUGUCACUGUCCCUGGUUGCCCACCCUCAAGGUCCAUCGGCUGUACUUUCCCACUGUUGGACGGGGUGGCACUGGCAGCCUGGGAUCACCAGAGUGUCAGAUCUCCAAGGCUGACCUGUUGCCUGCUGAAAUGGGACUUGAAUUAAUGUUUAAGAAGAAAAAGCUGCAGUGAUUUCAUUUUCCUUAAUUGUAACAAUUGUCUGUACCUGUGGGCAAUUACAUCUAUCUUUCUCUCUCUAAAUACAUAGUAGAGGAAGUCACAGCAUGGUUACAUCUACCCUGUCCUCAACCAGUUACUGAUGGAGAAUAGCCUUAAAUUCAGACACGACCAUUUUUUACAGUGUUUCAAGUAAGGAUUUAUUCCCAGCUUGCUUUCCAGGGAAGGACAAAGUCCUUCAUGCCUCCAAAAGGUGUGACUUUACAAAUGCUAACAGGAGGUGGCUGUGAGAUGUAAACUUUACAAGUAGUAUAGCAGAGCAAUCCACAAGGUUACUAACACCACAUCUGGUUUAAUGCAGUGUGUUGUAAUGCUGUGUCAGGAAAUGGAUGUGAAACAGGUUUGGUCUUUUGUUACUGAAGAUGCUGUGUGCUUGCCUUGCUCUCCGUAAUGUUACAUACAGGUGUUUUUCCACUGCUUCCCCCUCCCCACCUUAUUUGCAGAAAAGCAACAGAAUGAAUAACUCCAGUUUGGUCUGUUUAAUGUGAAUAUGAGUUUUUCUGGUGUUAGGAUGUGUGUGGGGAGGGGAAGGCACUGGUGGGAGGACUCACAGCCCUCUCUGUGCUUGAGGGGAAGGGGUGCGGGCAGGUGUGGAACCUCGCCCUGUGCCUGCUGUAGCUGCCCGUGGGUACAGACUGAAGAAUCACAGUACUGAAUCACUUCAAUGUCUCUCCUUUUUCCAGUUACUGCUCCGUGACGACUAAGGAUUAUGCAGGAAGUAGAGUUAAGUGGAUGAAAACUGACUACAGAGCUGCCACAUCGCUUUGUUCCUUCAGAGUAAAUGCAAACAGAUGGAGCUGGUUUCUGAAUCUGACCCUUGCCAAGGAGAACCCUCACUGGUUACUGCAGACCUUGAGCUUAGGGCUGGCAGACCUGGGCCUGCCUCUUGGAACGGCUUCGCUGGCAGAACUUGCCUCUGCCCUUCUCAAAGCCUCCUCCAGUCUUCAUUAAAAGUGACCCAACAGUGCAAAAA